GUCGCGCAACUUCACGUGUCACACAGCGCACACGUCGACGAAACGUCGACGCCGGAUCCCGGAUACGCGCUCGUACGGCACACGGUGCUGGGUGCAUUGCACGGUGUUGUGUGUCGGCGACUCUCAAGCGACUGUGACUCGCGUCGAGUGAGCCUCCUGCUGCCGAGUACUUGCCGAGAGGGAACCGCAACGGGUGAGGACGAUGGCGCCGAAGCAGCGGAUGCGUAUCGCGAACGAGAAGGCGACGAAGAACAUCACGCUACGCGGAAACGUCCCCAAGUCGUCGAAAUCGCAAGAGGAGGGAUCUCCAGUUGGACCUUGGCUCUUAGCUCUGUUUCUUUUUGUCGUUUGUGGAUCUGCCGUGUUUCAAAUCAUCCAGAGUAUCAGAAUGGCUUGAAGAGGAGAGGAGGGUGCUGCUGUUGAUAUUUAAUGCGACAAACCAAUUACGAUUCGUCGAUAUGCGAAAGAGACUGACAAACCGUUUUAAUAUAGAUUGUAAAUGAUGAUCGGAGAUUACGGGAAACGGAAACCUUUGGCAAAAUUUAGACAGUAGCUGAAAAAAAAAUCAUUUUCCUUUUUAUUCACAGAAGAAGCUCAAAGAUUUAUUUAUAACACUUAGCAUUUAUUAUAAGCGUUUAACUUAAAUUGCGCUACGCAUAGACGAAGGGAGAGUGCUCGAAGAUACAAACGCUGCACCGAGGAACAAUCUAUCGAACUUACACGAAUCGAGAGCGAGAGAAAAUUAAUUUUCGAUUCAAUUCUUUGUUAUACUUUCCGAACAUUAACGCGGCUUCCGUGAACGUCUGUUCAUAAUUGUUUUUUGAUCAAACCGUAUUCUUUCGUCUAUGUGUAUGUAGAAAAUAAUUGUAUAUAUACACACGAAUGAUUUACCAUGCAGAUUUCUCCUCAAGAUACAGAUCUGCCCAAUUUGCAAGCACAUGAAGCUGAACUCCAAUGAUUGGACAGAUCUGUUUCCAAAGCAUUCCGCUGUAAGCAGUUGGUAGCUUUCUGUUGUUAUAAUGGCCUUUGUACAAUGCUUAUGCGUUAUAGGCAACGCGCGCGAUCAGGUCAUUAUAUACAUAUACAAAUAUAUAUUAUACAUCUCAAAGAAUGAUUUGUCUAUAUGAAAUAUUUGCUACUGACAGUGCACACAUUGUCUCUUUUAAUAAAGUAUAUUAUCAAUAAAGAUAUAUAUUGUUUUACAUGAGA